AUGAAAAAAGAAUCACCACCAACCAUAGACGACCUGUGUGUACCUCUGCUUAAGCCAUCUGAAACUGUUUCUAAAAGAGCCUUUGACUUUGCCUUCAACACCAUACAUCUUAUAACUCGCGACCCGUUUCUUCCUCUGGAGCUCCGGAUCCGUUAUUCCCCAAGACUUGGAUCUUGCUAUCGAUUUCUCCUUUUUCACAUCGUAUAUAUUGUUCUCCCUCGUCCCGUACGAUGCGCUAUAGCUCCUGAAAUCACCGCCUUGAUUACCGUGGUAAGGCUGGAUCUGCAUCCCUCCGUCUCCGUAUGGUCGUUGACGGCCGAAAUCUUCCAUGGACGCCGGCAACUCAGAGAAUAA